AUGGGAUGGUUGACCAAAAAGUUAUUAUCUCGAGCUACUCCGUGCUUCGGAAGCAUGUUAAGCCGUUGGUCCCGGCUGCAUGUGCAGUCGUUAAUACCCUCCAAUCCACAUUGGGCCAGCGUGGAAGCUCGUGACCCAUCCUCCUUAACUAUCCAUUAGGAAGGCCUGAGCCUCUGCAGUGGGGACGUAAAAGGACUGAUGAUGACGAUAGUAGCCAUUGUUUACUAUUCAACUGUCAUUGUAAUUAUAUCCGUGUCGUGAUAUAAAACCUUAUCCAAAUCUAAAGUCGAGCAGAGGUUUUUCUGCAGGUUAUUAAUUAUAUCAUAAGUACCCGACUUCAGUAUUAUUUUAUUGAAUAAGUCGCUUUUGAGAUAAUAAUUAUUUAACACUUUUUAAAGCUUUUACUUCUUAAAAAAAGUUUUAUAUACGUGAGUAGGUAAGUAAUAAGUAAGUAUAAGAUAACAUCACAUACAUAAGGUAAAAUUAAAAAUAUUAAAUAUCUAUGUACAUUCAAAAAUUUAACAUAGUGAAAAUUUAAGAUUAGGAGAGUUUAUUUAUUUGCUCUACAUAUUUUUUUAAUAAUCUACUAUCUAUAACUUUCACAAAAAAUAUACAUCAAAGAGUAAAGUAUAUAUUAUACUCGUUGAACAUAGAAAAUCUUCCUUUCAGAUUUUGAAUUAAUUCAAAAUACGCAAUCUUUUGUUUUUUAACUAAAAUGGGCCAUGUCAUACCAUAUCAUCUUAAUAUUAAGGUAAUGUUUGUUGAAAAGCGUAAUUUGUUUUAUUAUAAAAGACACUAAACUUAUUUGAUUUCAAAAAUAAAUUACUGGGUCCACCUCGAUCCAUCAAGCUGUCGAAUAAAAAAGAAUUUUGAAAAUCGGUCAACAAAUAAAGACAAUAUCGGUGAACAUACAUCACCGUCGAACAUAUAACCUUCGCCUUUUUAUUUCAAAGUUGGUUAAAAACGAAUCAAUACAAUUUAAUUUAUAAUUUAAACAAAAAAAAAAUAACCUUAAUUAAAAAUCAACAAGUAAAUACCUGCGACAUAGGAAAUCGAAUUGUUUCCCACAAUUAUAAAUUCAUAAAUAACACACAUAUAUAUCUGCAUUAACAUUAAUAAAAUUUAUUAAAUGAACAAAGUAGGCUUUUCAUCCCGCUAAAAGCUUUUAUAAACACCAACAAACACAAAAGCAGAAAGAACUCGGUAACACAAACCCAUUUUAACUUUUACAAACUAUUUAACUUUAUAAUUAGAUAUAUAAUUGUUUUCUGAGUAAUCAAUGCCUUCUGUGGCUGAGUGUAAUAAAAAUUGUAUCAUAAACUGAUUACAACUUUAUAAUUGUUUCGUAUGUGUAGCUUUACCGUAACGGAUAAUUUUGUCAAGUAAACAAACAAUUUAUAAACGGCUGAACUUUAUUUGAAUGUGAUUUUUUUUUAUUAAGGUAAAUAUAACAGACAUAAUUUGAUAAUUAUGUAGGUAUUAUUAAAUUAAUUAAAAACCAAACUGAACUCUAGUAGCACAAUACUAUCAUGUUUUUUUUUUAAUUUAGAUAUUCUGCUGUAGUUACAAUUAUAAUAAUAAUAAUAACAGUUUAUUUCAGGAUAUCCCAUAUAAAACAUUACAUUAUAUUUAAAAAUUAAUGCAAUUAUAAUGUCAAUGAAUUAAUAUUAAUUAAUUAAUUAGUCACUAAUUACAUUAUAUUAUAUGUAAUACUAUAAUAAUUAUAAAAUUUUACUUACCGCUACCGAUAUAUAAAUUAUCCGCUAUACAAUCAUUACAACAUUAUUUUUAGAGGAAGAUAUUCUUUUAUGAAAUGAAUAUUUUAGAUUUCUGAUUAAGUCGUUUAGGACAUGAACAUUAUUUUCAGCAUACAUUUCAGAGAACUAAAAGAAUUUACAGGCAUACCAAAAUAUAUAUAAUCAAUUGUCUGGAAUUACAUUUUUAACAUAGACGUGCAUAGUUAGUUACCCAUGAUGGGACUCCUGGGACCAAUGAUUUUUGAGCAUUUAGCUUUAAAAUAAAGCACUAUAUUAUUAUUAUAAUAUAUUAAAUGGCCAACAGUAGUAAAAGGCUUAACAUAUCUAAAUCCAUCUAUAGGAUGUUCUGUUGUAAUUGACUCGUCAAUCUUGCGCCUUUGUUCGUUAAAUAAUACGGCUAUGGGUUUUCUAUAGAUUAUUUAGUUUAACUUUAUAUUUAAACAUAAAAUCAGUGCUAUUCCUAUCAAUUUUAAGAAUUAAUGCGGAAUACCUGGACCGAUGUUAAUUAAUCGUGUUAAUAAUAAUCGUAGCUAACAUAGCUUAUUUUUUUUACCUGCACCAUCUGGUUGCGCUUAUUAUGUAAUUUAACCUAGAAAUAUACAAUUAGAAACGGAUAUAUGCCUAAUAAUGACAUCAUACUCUAGUGAAAUGUAACAGAAACUGUCAUUGCUCCUACCCCACCACAUUGUUUAUAAUCUUAAAUAUUUCAUUUUAAAAAUCUUUUGCAUUUACGAGUUAUAUAUUUUGUUACUACUAUUAUUUUUUUAUAAAUUUAAGUGAAUUAAGAAACCUGUCUUUUGUUUAAUGUUUUUCAUCUAUUUGAUAAAAAUAUUAAAUUUACUUUUAAAUGGAAACCAAAUUUUCAGCAUCAAUAAAAGGUUGAAAUAAUAAUUUUCAUUCUACGUACAUACCACAUAAUAAAGGAAAAUUAAUUCGCAACAACAAUAACCAUACAACUGAGAGAACAACAACUACAUACGAACGGUAUUUCAACUGUAAAAUUACAGUUCUAAUUCAAUUAAGAUAAUUGAAUCAGAACGUACGCUCCUUGUGCAGACUGCAUUUAGUCAGAGAACUAUUCGAGUGACUUCCUGUUUAGAUAUUCAUAUAUCAUUCCAACUAUAUAGAUGUAGGUAGUUAAUAAUUAUGUAGGAAACUCUGCUCUUGGUUUUAAAUCGUAAUAAUUGUCAAAAAUGUUCGUCUUCACAAAUAAAAUUAAUAAUUUAUUAAACUUAAUUAUUUGUAUAUGUAAUGAACAUUGCCGACGUCUACGUUUUUAUUUAAAUAUUUCUGAAGAGUACCAUAUAAGUACCAUUAUCGAGUUUUUGAUCCAACUCGUCGACACGAGCUAUGCUAUUCUGUAAAAAAAAUCCAGUUUGAGGCUAUUUAACGUUAAGCACAACGCUGUCGCAGUACAGAAAUUUAAUGAAAUAAAAUCUUUAUUACCUUCCGGAGUAGGUUUUAUUUGAUUAAAUCUUUAUCGACGUCGAGUUUGAGACUGAUUUUACUAUCGUGCAAAACAUAUGCCGUUAAUAUAUGAUAAGAUAAUACAAACAUUGUUAUUCUUCAAUAUUCACAGAUGGUAUCACUCCUGCCAAUCGUGGAACGGUAAAACUGGCGAAUGGCAAAUCUGGGUGAACGCAGAGAGAGUAGGCAGAGGUUUCCACAACAGGCUCGUUGGACAUAUAAUCAAAGGUGGCGGAGUCGCGUUGAGUGGUCAAGACCAAUCACUUCUUUACAACAAAGACAACUUGGAUCAAACGAAACGUAAGUAAACCAAUCAAUGCUAACAGACGAUACAUUAUGAUAUAUAGAGGUUUUUAAUUUAAUUUCCCUUGUUGCAGCCCAACCAGGACUAGUGGGGGAAAUUACUAUGCUGCAAAUUUAUCAAGUUGCCUUAACCGCUGGUAAAGCACACAAAGAUCAUAAGCACCACCACGCACAUCAUUUCAAACACGACGGCACCCCUGUAGACUCUUCUACUGAGCCAAUUACCGAACCACCUCCACCAGAAGCAACACCUCUUGGUAAUGGCAACUUCCUUAUCGGUGGUCAGCUCCAGAGACCUCAGAACUUAAAUCUAGCUGCGGCUCAGCAAAUGAUACCUAUACAGUUACCAAACGGGCUGCAAAUACAACAGGAAUAUAUCAAUGGUCAACUUGGAAACAGAAUUGUAUCAGAACAACUAGUUAACAGUGUGCAACCUUCACCUAACCGACUGCAAAUUCCUCAAUUGGUGUCAGUGCCCUCCCCUAUACGCCAGGGUCCGGCAUAUCAAACUCGCCCCAUUGGCCCUUCAAAGGGAACUACGGUGGUACUUACAGGAUCGUUGCUCAACCCAGCCAACGUUCAAUACAUCGAUGACACUGUACCACAUAAUGUGUUCAGGAGGGAUUCAAAUAAAAGGGACAAGAGAGACAACCCAGAGAAAGAACUUAAAACCAGUAAGAAAGACAAACGUGGUCUUGUGGCACUUUCGGACGGAUCAAUUGUUGAUGAAGCUUUGCUAAGCACGGACUUAGUCGGCGAAAAGGACGACGAUGUACUAUUCGAAGAAUCCCUAUUAAACGGAUUAGCAGGAGUGGUCGGAAACGUUCCUAUUCAAAACUUGCAGAAAAUGACUGUGGAUGAAAGAGAACCAGCAGAAGCUGAAGUGAAAGCUGUUAUGCAAGUCUGCAGUGGUUGUGCUCAAGAACCUUUCAAAAAAGCUCUGGUGUUGUCCUGGAGGUCCACACCAAAGAAAUUAUUCAGCGGAGCACAUUAUUAUAAGGGUCUGCCAAUAUGCAAAGCGUUUUAG